GACUGCCGGUCGGUGCCGCGCGGAGCUGGCGGCGGGAUUGGCUGCGGCACUCGCGUGUCAGGCGGUUGCUAGGCUCCGGCCGCGCGCCCCGCCCUCGCGCUCGGCGCCCUCUCAGCGCCCGGCCCUGGGAUGGAGCAGGUGUACAGAGGGUGAGGACCCAGCUCUGGGACCACAUCACUUGCCUCCUUUCUUGGUGAGACUGUCUGGCUAGAGCAGACUCAGGCCGGAAUGAGGAUGUCUGCGGGCCUUUCGCUACUGCUCCCCCUCUGGGGGAGGACCUUUCUCCUUCUGCUCUCUGUGGCCAUGGCUCAGUCCCAUUGGCCUUCAGAGGCUGGCAGGGACUGGGAGAACCAGCUCGAGGCAUCCAUGCACUCAGUGCUCUCAGACCUUCACGAGGCUGUUCCCACAGUGGUGGGUAUUCCUGAUGGCAUAGCUGUCGUUGGGCGCUCAUUUCGAGUGACCAUUCCCAUGGAUUUAAUUGCCUCCAAUGGAGAACUCGUCAAGGUGUCAGCAGUGGGGAAAGAGGUCUUGCCAUCCUGGCUGCACUGGGACCCACAGAGCCACACCCUGGAGGGUCUCCCUCUUGACACCGAUAAGGGUGUUCAUUACAUUUCAGUGAGCGCCACACGGCUGGGGGCCAAUGGGAGCCAUGUCCCCCAGACCUCCAGUGUGUUCUCUAUCGAGGUCUACCCUGAAGACCACAGUGAGCCACAGUCUGUGCGGGCGGCAUCCCCAGACCCUGCUGAGGUAGUGUCCUCUGCCUGCGCUGCUGAUGAGCCUGUGACUGUCCUAACAGUCAUUCUGGAUGCUGACCUCACCAAGAUGACCCCAAAGCAAAGGAUCGACCUCCUGCACAGAAUGCGGAGCUUCUCAGAAGUGGAGCUUCACAACAUGAAGUUGGUGCCAGUGGUGAAUAAUAGACUAUUUGACAUGUCAGCCUUCAUGGCUGGCCCAGGAAAUGCGAAAAAGGUGGUAGAGAAUGGGGCCCUGCUCUCUUGGAAGCUGGGCUGCUCCCUGAACCAGAACAAUGUGCCUGAUAUUCAUGGUGUGGAGGCCCCUGCCAGGGAGGGCGCUAUGUCUGCCCAGCUUGGCUACCCUGUGGUGGGUUGGCAUAUUGCCAACAAGAAACCCCCUAUCCCAAAACGCAUCCGGAGGCAGAUCCAUGCCACGCCCACACCUGUCACUGCCAUUGGGCCUCCAACCACAGCCAUCCAGGAGCCACCGUCCAGGAUUGUGCCUACCCCCACAUCUCCAGCCAUUGCUCCUCCAACAGAGACAAUGGCUCCUCCAGUCAGAGAUCCUGUUCCUGGAAAGCCCACAGUCACCAUUCGGACUCGAGGUGCCAUUAUUCAGACCCCAACUCUAGGCCCAAUCCAGCCCACUCGGGUGUCAGAAGCUGGCACCACAGUUCCCGGCCAGAUCCGUCCAACGAUGACCAUUCCUGGCUAUGUGGAGCCCACGGCAGUCGCCACCCCUCCCACGACUACCACCAAGAAGCCACGAGUAUCCACACCAAAACCAGCCACGCCUUCUACUGACUCUUCAACCACCACAACUCGAAGGCCGACCAAAAAGCCACGGACACCCCGACCGGUGCCGCGGGUCACCACCAAAGCUCCCAUCACCAGGUUGGAAACUGCCUCCCCGCCGACUCGCAUCCGCACCACCACAAGUGGGGUUCCCCGUGGAGGAGAACCGAACCAGCGGCCAGAACUGAAGAACCACAUCGACAGGGUGGAUGCCUGGGUUGGCACCUACUUUGAGGUGAAGAUCCCAUCAGAUACCUUCUAUGACCACGAGGACACCACCACUGAUAAGCUAAAGCUGACCCUGAAGCUUCGGGAGCAACAGCUGGUAGGUGAGAAGUCUUGGGUACAGUUCAACAGCAACAGCCAACUUAUGUAUGGCCUGCCUGACAGCAGCCACGUGGGCAAGCAUGAGUACUUUAUGCACGCCACUGACAAGGGGGGCCUGUCAGCUGUGGACGCCUUUGAGAUCCAUGUCCACAAGCGCCCUCAAGGAGACAGGGCUCCUGCACGGUUCAAGGCCAAGUUUAUGGGGGACCCAGUGCCAGUGGUGAAUGACAUCCACAAGAAGAUCUCCCUGGUGAAGAAGCUAGCUUUCGCCUUCGGAGACCGCAACUGCAGCACCAUCACUCUACAGAAUAUCACCCGGGGUUCCAUCCUAGUGGAGUGGACUAACAACACACUGCCCCUGGAGCCCUGCCCCAAGGAGCAGAUCAUGGCCCUGAGCCAGAGAAUCGCCGAGGACAAUGGAAAACCGCGGGCUGCCUUCUCCAAUGCCUUGGAGCCAGACUUCCAGGCCUCGAGCAUUGCUGUGACGGGCUCAGGCAGCUGCCGGCACCUCCAGUUUAUCCCUGUAGCACCCCCCAGGAGGGUGCCUUCAGAGGUACCAUCUACAGAUGUGCCGGAUAGAGACCCCGAGAAGAGCAGUGAGGAUGAUGUUUAUCUGCACACAGUCAUUCCGGCCGUAGUAGUUGCGGCCAUCCUGCUCAUCGCCGGCAUCAUUGCCAUGAUCUGCUAUCGAAAGAAGCGGAAGGGCAAGCUAACACUGGAGGACCAGGCCACUUUCAUCAAGAAGGGAGUGCCUAUCAUCUUUGCAGAUGAGCUGGAUGACUCCAAGCCGCCCCCGUCCUCCAGUAUGCCCCUCAUCCUACAGGAGGAGAAAGCCCCUCUCCCCCCUCCUGAGUACCCCAACCAGAGCGUGCCCGAGACCACUCCUCUGAACCAGGACACCGUGGGAGAGUACACACCCCUGCGGGAGGAGGAUCCCAAUGCACCUCCUUACCAGCCCCCCCCACCCUUUACGGCCCCCAUGGAGGGCAAGGGCUCCCGUCCCAAGAACAUGACCCCGUACCGGUCGCCCCCUCCCUACGUGCCCCCUUAACCCACAAGCGCCUGGGUGGAGGCAGGGGUAGGGCAGGGCCCUGGAGACAACAUGGUGUUGUCUGUGGAGACCGGUGGCCUGCAGACCAUCCGCCCACCGGGAGCCGACACCUGACCUAGCACACACUGACAGACGCGAGGCCUGGACAAGCCCGCCCUCUGGUCCUCCAAAACCCCAAAGCAGCUGGAGAGACUUUGGGGACAUUUUUACUUUUAUUUUUUGCCUAACAGCUUUUUGUUUGUUCAUAGAAAAUUCUUUGCUGCGGUUUUGAUGGCUGGCUCUGAAAGCACUGUUUGGAGUAGAGGUAGAUGGAGGGAGUGAGGAGCCGUGAAUGAACUCGCAGGCAGUGCUGGGUGGCCUCCCGGCUCUCUGCGUUUUGCCUUUAACACUAACUGUACUGUUUUUUCUAUUCACGUGUGUCUAGCUGCAGGAUGUAACAUGGAAAACAGUAGCUAAAGAUUAAAUUCAAAGGACUUUCAGAAGUUAAGGUUAAGUUUUUACAUUUAAUCUGCUGUUUACCUAAACUUGUAUGUAUAAUUUUUGGGUGGGUAUGGGAAAUUGCUUUGCUAAAAAUAAGCUCCCAGGGUGUUUCAAACUUAGAGAAGACCAAGGGACAGUAUUUUUUAUCAAAGGAAUCCUAUUUUUUCACACUCUGUAAACUUGGUUGCUCUGAUAUCCCAGAGCCUGACUGGGGGCCUCCCGGCCCUGGCUCUGGGGCCAGGGUCCUGGUGCUGGGCUUGCUCUCCCACCAUUGCCAGGGGCUAGAAGCUGGGGGAGCCUCUUGGCCAUGGACACCCCACCCCCACCCCACACACGCUAGUGGCCCACCACCAAGGGGUCUUCAUUUCCAUGGAAAAGGGACUCCCAAGAGGCAGUGGUGGCCGUGGCCCCCAACCUAGGUGCUCCAGGGUGGGCUAGCUGCUCGUGGGGGUGACUGGGGAGGUCGAGGGACUCGACCACAUCAACGUAUUUUCUUUUACCCUUCUUCUGUGUGGUGUCCCCCCCCUCCUGAAAGGAAUAUCAUGGUUUUUGAAACACUCAGUGGGGGACAUUUUGGUGAAGAUGCAAUAUUUUUAUGUCAUGUGAUGCUCUUUCCUCACUUGACCUUGGCCGCUUUGUCCCAACAGUCCACAGCCCCACCCCAACCCACCCCACCCCUCUUCUCUGGCACUGCAGUCCCAGGCCUUGGGCUGGGAAAGGUCUGGUGGCGGGGGAGGAGUGCCAGCAAUAGUUCAUAGUAAAAAUCUGUGGGCUCUCAAAGCUAAUUUUUUACUAAAGUUUUUAUACAGCCUCAAAUUGUUUUAUUAAAAAAAAGAUUAAAAAAUGGUGAUGCUUACAGCAGUUUGUACAAGCUCUUAGUGUUGAUUCCAUGGAACUGACGGCUUUGCUCAUUUUGACCCCCCCCCCCCCCGCCUUCUUUUCGUAACGGUUUAAAUUCUGGAAUUACACUGGGCUUCUUUUGCCUUUUUUAGCAGAACGUCCGUCCGUCCAUCUGCAUCUCUGUCCCGUGACUCAGGGGUGCCCACUCUGCUUUGAUUCUCCUCCUUUGGAAGAAACCAUUUUGAGCAUGACUUUUCUUGAUGUCUAAGAGUUAUUUUGGGUACCUUUUAGGGAGGAAUGCCUUUUGCAAUAAUGUAUCCCUUCCGUGAUGGAGGGCUGGUGGGUGGACCCAGGCUCCCUUUGCACACCGAGCAGCCACUUCUAAGCCAUAUCGACUGUUCCGCAGAGGAUUUGCAUGUGUUGCCUCAGGAGGGGAGGGCUGAUCAGAGGGGAGGGGGGUCUCCAGCCUGCCCUUCUCAGGAGGCUAUUCCCCCUGCGCCUUUUCCCAGAGGGCCCAGCCUCUCUCCCCUGCCCAGUCCUUGGUCAGGUACUCAAGCGAGCAGUGCCCCUGUUUGGGGAGCCUGUGGAUGAGGGCUCAGUGGACCUCUGGUGACUGGGUCUCUUGCCUCCCAGCCCUGAUCUGAGCCAGAGUGUCCCCAUUGCCCCAGAGUCAGGAGCACAAAUGAGGUCUGACCUGGUGAGAUUAUUUUUGAUGACCUUGUCAAAAAAUAAA